GCGGACGCCGGCGCCGCCAUCAUGGCGGCCUGAGGCGCGGCGGGCUCGGCGCCGGGAGCGGCGGGCGGCAGGCCGGGAGCCGACAGAUUGAAAACCUAGAAUGGCAGGGGAACAGAAACCGUCCUGCAAUCUUCUAGAGCAGUUUAUUUUACUGGCCAAAGGUACAAGUGGCUCCGCUCUGACUGCUCUUAUAAAUCAAGUGCUGGAGGCUCCUGGGGUUUAUGUCUUUGGAGAACUGUUGGAGUUAACAAACGUGCAGGAGCUUGCUGAAGGGUCCAAUGCUGCUUAUUUCCAGCUGCUGAACCUGUUUGCAUACGGAACGUACCGAGACUAUGUAGCAAACAAAGACAACCUUCCUGAAUUAACAGUGACUCAGACAAACAAGCUGAAGCACUUGACGAUCGUAAGCCUGGCGUCCCGAAUGAAGUGCAUUCCCUAUUCUGUGUUGCUGAAGGACCUGGAUAUGAGGAAUCUGAGGGAGUUGGAAGAUCUGAUUAUUGAGGCGGUUUAUACAGAUAUUAUCCAGGGGAAGUUGGAUCAGCGAAACCAGGUGUUAGAGGUGGAUUUUUGUAUUGGUAGAGACAUUCAGAAGAAGGACAUCAGUAACAUUGUCAAAACACUCCAGGAAUGGUGCGACGGUUGUGAGGCAGUUCUUUUAGGAAUUGAGCAGCAAGUACUUAGAGCCAACCAGUACAAAGAGAACCAUCACAGAACUCAGCAGCAGGUAGAGAUGGAGGUCACAAACAUAAAGAAAACAUUAAAAGCUACAGCCUCGUCGUCGGCACAGGAGAUGGAACAGCAGCUGGUAGAGCGAGAGUGCCCUCCACACACAGAACAAAGGCAGCCCACAAAGAAGAUGUCCAAAGUCAAAGGGCUGGUCUCCAGCCGCCACUAGAACAUACCAUCCACAUUGUCAUUCAGUUAGGAAUGACAACAGGAGGAGCAAAAAGGGCCUGCAACUCCUUUUUCAGUGGGUUCUGGGCCAGUCCCUUCCAGGCUGGCAGAUAAAAGCCGUGUUUGAACACAGCUCCCAGUUAGCAGCACCUGGCUAAGUUACACUGUGUAGCCCCUAUGAAUUUUCAGGGUGUCCCUGUUCUGGUCUUCUAAAGAGGGACUUUUAAAGAAAGGGACUAACCAAAGGGGGCAGGAAAAAAACCAAAAUAUCUGUGGACAGUUUUGCUCCCUCCCAGCUAGUUUUAUUGCUGCUUAACCUUGAGGAAGCUGCUGUACUAAAUCAGAUCUUGGGAAGAGCUUCUAUAGCAAGUGUCUGAAUCCCAGGGUUGAAGUGUGGCUACCAAAGCCAGGCUGGGAGUGAGGAAGCCAUCAACACAGAUCUUUUCAUUCCCAAAGGGAGCGCAGGAAGGUUUCUAGGCCAGGAACUGCUUUACAUGGAAGUCUUCAGCCUUUCUGCUACCCCUGUCUAUUUUAAACUGGGGUGAAAUUCACACUACCUCGCUCUGUGAAGAUGAGAUCCAGUGCUGGGCUGUUUACUUAACUGUCUGUUUACUGCCCUUACUAAGCCCUUUAAUCUCUCACAGAUUUAAAGCACUGUUCUGCAUCUCUGAGGCAUCAAUACAAUAAGGAGGAAGCAGGCUGCUCUUUCACGCCUUCCUUCUUGCAGGUGGUCAGGGGCACGCUAGAAACUGGUCCUCCUGAAUGUGAUGUGACCUCCCAGAGCUGCUUGUGAGUUGUUUCCCCCAUUGAUACCUUCGGAGGGUAAUGCAUUCGCUCUUGCUUGGAUGCUGGCGACAGUGGUCUGCACGGGAGAGGAGCCUGUUUGGCAUCAAGGCAGGCUGGUGGCCCAGGACCCACUGGCAGGGGUCGCAGCAGCAUCCCCUUGCUGAAGCAACGGACUUGACUAGUUUUUCUGAAUUUUGAACACUUUCAGGUUGUAUUUUCUUCCUUUUUUUUUUUUUUUUUUUGUACAUUGUUGUGAUUCUAAAGCAUUUCAGCCUUUGUUUUGUGGGUUUUUUUUUUUUUAUUUGUUACAGACUAACUUCAGGUGAUUUGCACCUAGUUUGUCAAGGUGUGGGGUUUUGGUUUUUUUUUUAAGGGGGAAGCAUUGGAACAGCAAUUCACGAAAAAGCACAUUUUAGAAAAAAAAUUAAAAAUGCUGAUUUAAUGUCA